UUCUCUCCUUACACACAGUCUCUACAUCGACACUCUCGAUGAGUCGAUGACCUCUGGACUCGAUUGAGCAGGUCUCACGUCUGACAGUUCAUUCACAAUGGCAGAAGUCGAGGCUACACAAGCUGCUCAGGUCGAUGUUUCCAAAACUAACAGCGUGCCAGGCGAAGGAUAUGACAAGAAAUGUAUCUUCUGCAAGAUCGUAAACAAUGAAAUGAGCACGGAGCUUCUUCACAGUGAUGACGAGGUGUCGUGUUUCAGGGACAUCAAACCUGGAGCUCCCCACCAUUACCUGGUCGUCCCAACCAAACAUGUUGGAAACUGUAAAUCACUCACUAAAGAACACGUGCCUUUGGUGAAGCAGCUGGUUGAAACAGGGAAGGAGAUCCUCCAGAAAAACAACAUAACAGACCUCACUGAUGUCAGGUUUGGUUUUCAUUGGCCCCCGUUCUGUUCUGUCACACACCUACACCUUCAUGUCCUGGCACCUGCUAGUCAAAUGGGCUUCACGUCCCGCCUCUUCUACAGACUCAACUCCUAUUGGUUUAUCACAGCAGACCAGCUGAUUGAGCUUCUCAGCACUAAAGGAGAGACAAACUGAUCCCCUUGGAUCCAGUUCUUACCCGACUGUGGCGAAGUGACUCAAACAUCCAACUUGGAGAUUAAGAACAUUGAGUCACUAUCUGUUUGGCCAGAGCUGAUGGCAGUGUUUUAACCAGGUGUCUUGUUUGUAUCAAGACAACAUGUUUUAUGUUUGGUGUCAAAACCUUUCAGACUGAAAACCUUUCAGCCAAAUGAAGGUAUUGAAGGUGUUCUGGUAUUGUCGGUAACCAAAUGUUUUUACAGAAGUUCAUUAAAUCUCUGUUCAUCUGCCGUAAUGAAAUGUAUUUACAAUGUGGACCAAGCAGCAUACAGGGUGAUUCACGUGUGGUUAAUCACCAAAGAAAAGGUUCAGGGCAUUUUUACUUUUACUGACCAUAAAGCUUAGUAGAAUGAGAAUAAUGAACAUGAUGUAUGUCAUAUUCAUUAUCAUCAUUUCAGAGCUAGAAACGCACAUAUAAUUCAGUUUGAUUCCUUGAUCUGCAGGGCUGCCUUAAUGUAUUGCAGAGUUGAUUUUGUGCAGGCAUAGCUGACAUUUUUAUUUUGAAUAUUUAGAGAAAAGAUGAGUUUGUUUAAUUCCUACACUGACAUCACAUUAUGGACAGCUGUGUUUACUAUGAGUUCCUCAGCUGAGUCAGUGACAGUAACAUCUUCAUUAAUAUUUACAUUAACUCUACAGUGGAAUGUGGCAUGUCAUCCUCUGAUACUGUAAAGUUUGCUGAAUGAACUCAAGCACUGAUAUACAGUGAUGUCAACACAUACACAAGACUGUGUUAAGAUGUACCAUAUGAGCUGGGUGAAGUGGUUAGUGCAUGAAGGGAAUACUAUGCUAUACUAUAUUAGAGAACGUAAAUAAAGGAAAUCAUACUGUAUGUACUGUAUGAAUGUGUAUGCACUUUAAGGAUUAAUUUCAUUUAGAAUAAAUAAUAUAUUGCUGCUCCUCA